UGCUAUAAAACUUCCUCAUCUCUGUAAGUGUUGUUAUAAUUUUGAAAAGGAACACUUUUUACAUUGUGAGUCUCUCGGCGAUGGAUAUGCCGAUACAGAUUUUAGCAUUCCUCGUUGUUUGCAUCUGUCAGUAUGUCUGUCAUGAGGACAUAGCAAGACGGAGUCCCCAAAACAAUGCCACAAUCAACAAGAAAUUCAAAAACAAAAAUUUCGUGCAGCUUGGUAGAAAAAGGAUCAAAGCACAGGGGGGAAACAUUGAAAAAUUUGAGAUUAUGAGAAACAACGAAUCCUUGUGGUCUUUUGUGUUUGCAAAAACAUCAACUGAUGCAAAGUUCAAAUAUCAAAAACAUAGGCUGUCGUUUGUGGGACCACAGGGUUCAGAUGAGGCCGAUAACAACACGGGGACAGUCGUCGCUUGUGGACCAGAAGGUGCUCAUCUGAACAUUACAUGGAGACCCAAAGUCAUUGACCCGUAUAAAUGUGUUAGAAUAUACUUUGACAUGAUCAGCCCAACAUACUUCGACAAAGGUCAAGGGAUUCUUGAUAUAUAUCUAAAAGGCAGCCCUUAUCCAAUGUACUCCGUGAUUCGAGACACGUCUUGUAGUUUCUUUAAACAACUUGACCCUUUUAUACAGUGUCCUUUACAAAAAGGAGUGCCAAUAAGAUUUGCGAUUCCAUAUAGCAAGUUAACCCUACAACCUGUGGGUUCGUACACCGUUGUUUUGAAUAUCUUAAGUUUUGAGGCAAAUCCUCCACCACUGUUUGCUUGCGUGAACUUCACCCUACACAUUGCUACAUCAUAACACGUGAUUCAUAAUCCAGAGGGAUGAUGUAUUAUCUUUUCACUAAUAGCGGGACAGUUUUCUUGUCGAUGUCGAAGCAUGCUAAAAUUUUGUAUAUUUAUCAUAUUACUCAUCGGUUGGCUCUUAUAUUUCAUUGUAGGGAAUGCUAAUUUGCAUAUCAAAACAGAACCCAGAAAACGACUUACAAAAGAUAUUCCAUUGCUUUUAAAUGUUUAACCAUAGUGCAGGUAACGAGUCUGGUCGCAAUGUAGAAGAUCAGUGAAAAAAGGGACUGGUAUCAAAUUUCUGCUGGGGAGGGGAAUUUGGGUUUGACCGAUGCUUACAUGGCAUUUUAAAGUUCAUAACACAGUGAUGGGGCAAAUUCGAUGCCAUUCAUCAGUUUACAAAAGUUUAAGAUAUUAAUUGAUUUUUUCAAUCGCCAGUCUCUUAAAGUUAUAUUUUACUUUUAGUUAUUAUUCUAAUAACAGUUCGUCUACUUUUCGAAGUGGGGGGAAGGGGAUACGGCUCUGACUUUUUAUGCUGCGUUAUUACAUCAGUAUUGAUUGUGUGUAUAAUCAUGGAUACAAUAUUUGUGUGUGUAUCAACAUGGAUAAAAUAAAAUGAAUGUCAA